CCCCACCCCCCCAAAAAAAGCGAAAACAAAAAUCCGCGCAUAGGUUCGGUUCCCUAAUUAUAGGCCAUACCUCUACACCGGCGGCGACCGACCGCGGUUGCUGGUGCGGAUCCUACGUAUGGGUUUACGUCGCGUGUUAUUAAAAUCAUUAUCGUCUGUUUACGUAAACGUAUGAAAUAUUGUAGGUAAGUAGUGCUGUGUUUGUAUGCAUUUGCCGCGGUUUUUUUUCUCGCGUAUGUAAUGUAAUCGUUUCCCUAUCGACGAAUACAUUUUUAUAUCGUCGGUUACCCGGCAUAAACCUCUUAAGUCGGUUAUAACAAAUUUUACAUAACUGUGGCGAUUACAUCUAAGAGUAGGUAAUAGAGUAUUAUUACCUACUCAAUAAUUGCGACCCUCUACCCCCGUGCUCCCCAACGUAGCGUGGUCGAAAAAUUCCGCGUGGCCCGAAUCUCAACAAGGUCCAUAACAACUAUCUGCCAAGUUUUAAGUUUUGCGAAUUUACUUGAAUUUUACCUUUAAUAAGUUACUUGCCGUAGAAAUAUCGUCUAUCUACCUAAAGACAUUCCCGGAAAUUAUGAAAUUUUGUGUAUGUGAUGGAUUCUACCGUAUUUGAAUAACCUUUUAUAAUGUCUGCGUUGAAAAUUGCACUCGUUUUAACCCAGUUCAGUAUUUUGUCGAACUUCGGAGGCCGUUCAGCAAAUCUGCUUAUCUACCUACUCUCAAAUCCGUAAAACAUUAUUCGAAAUUAUUAUUAUUGUUAUUAUUAUUAGUUUGAAUGCUGCGUUAUAACAAGCGCAAUUUUCAACGUAGUUACUCGAAACUCACAGGUUAUUUAAGUACAUCACGUGUGCAAAAUAUCAUAAUUUCUGGUAAAGUUGUAUGUAUAAACGUUGUAUUAUAUUAACUUGGGGUAAAAUUCAAGUAAUUUUUUAAUUGGAAACUUGGAACUUGUGCGGGGCGUCGUAAUUAUAGAGCAAUAUUACUUUACGGUCGCAACGUAGACCGACAAUUUACAAUGUUAUCUGUUGACCAAAUUUGUAUGUAAAUCUUUUAGGCUACACUAACGCAUGUUCAGUAUUAAAAUUUAUUUUAAAAUUGUUUUAAUGAUUAAUAUUCAUGGGGUUUUAUUAGUUGUGUGAAUUUCAAUGUUUAAAUUAUAUUAUUUCGGUGGUAAAUAAUGUAGAUACCGUUUAAAAUGACACCGGUUGUAGUGACAUAUUGAGUGUAAUGACUAUUAGAUUGAAGGUCCCGGCAAAACUCUUAUAUUGUACUAAUACGAUAUAUUAGUACUAAUUAUUUGUAUAGAAUUUUAUAACGGCAGUAUAAUGGUUGUACGGGUGUCAUGACCAGUAGCGCACGCAGAAUUUUUUUCGGGAGAGGUUUUGUUUAUAAUAAUAUCCUAGAGAGGGGAUGGUACAUAUUAUCAGUACUGUACUAUCACUAUUAUUAUUGAAAAAAUUAUUUUUGAUGAAAUUAAAUUGUAUUUUAUUCCGUGGUAUAAGGUAUUAUGUUGUUGAAUGUAAACUCGAUUUCAAAAAAAUUUACUGAAGGAAGACAUUUCGGAGGGGGGUUUGACCCCAUAAUCCCCCUUUGUGUGUGCCACUGGUUAUGACGGUUAUUUUUGAUUAUAAUUGACAAAUCUGCAUAACUUGUACAUAAACGAUGUACAAUAACUAAGAUAAAAGAUUUGUUAAUUUUAAAAAAACAAUAUUUUUUUUUAAUUUCAUUUUUCUGUGUGUAUUGAAGUCACAGUUUAGUGAUUAUAUUUAAUUUUAUUUAUUUAGUAAUUUAUUAAUAAGUGACACAUUAAUAGUAACAUAAUAUUAUUUUCAUGGGCCUACAUACAUAAAUAUACAAUCAAGUUUUUAAAUUUCAUUUAUAAUUUUGGUUGUAAUGACUAUCGAUUAUUUUGACUAAUUUUAACUAGUUCCUUGAAUGUCAUUAUAAUCGGUUUCUACUGUAAUAAUAAAUAAAAUACCAUGGUUUAAUUUGUGAUGCCAAAAAGAACUACUGUUAGAGUAGUCCGUGGUUCCAGUUCAGCAAUUCAGCAGUUAGCAAAAUUUUCAGUCCCCUAUAAAGUUUUCGGCUGAAGGACAAUUUCUGGUAGAAAAGUCGUUUACAUACAGGCACAAAAUAUACGACACUGUUGUAACUGACAAUAUUUUGAUUUUUCUAAAGUUUUUUUUUUUAAAAUUUUUAUAAGCAUAACCAUAGGCACAUAAGUAAUUAAAAUAUUUGAAAUAACUACAUAUACUUACUUAUUUUUAUGCAUUAUCAUCAUAAUUAAAAUGAAACUAAUAAACCGAUUUUAUUAUAUUAUUCACAGUGUCUCAAAUAAUAGCUUAUUUAUUUUUUUUUCGCUAUUUUUAUUAUAUAGAGCUAUAAAACAUCCAAACUCUCAUUUGGUUAUAAAAAACCUAUACAUCCACUUGCCUCACUUAUUACCAUGUCGGCUCUGUUGAAAAACGUCACGAAUUGCGUGUGGCAAGCGUUCAACUCGCUGGACGUGGACAAUACCGGAACCGUGGUCAAGUCCAAACUCAAAGUGAGUACCUAUAUUAGUAAUCCAAAAACGGGAUAUCAAAUAUUCUACUUACUCAUAGAUAUAUGUCGUAUAUUAUUGCCGGCUACCCAGCAAAAACUCGUAAGUCGGAUUUAACAAAUUGUUCAAAACUCAAGCUAGAAAACUACAAGGAAAAUUUAAAAAAAAUGACCGCCUCAAGUAUAUCGCUAAUGCUACAAGAAAGUUGCUAUAAAGUUUUUGAUUGCAGCAAAAGUUCUGAUAAUAAAGUUGUUUAGAGGCACACACAAAAAAUGUACAAAUUUUUUUGGGUGGUCAGCGAUAAGUCUACAAAUUUACUUAUUAAUUAUACAUACAAACCGCUUACAGUACGUGCGAGUUUAGAGUCAAUUCCGUUCGACUUUUGGACUAUAUUAUAAUAAUAUGCUUACCGCAAUUAUUUCAAUAUCAGUUCGUUUACGGAUAUCGUGCGUCGAAGCACGUCGACGACGAAUGAGACUGUAUAGUAAAUACGGCUUUUAUCUCUUUCUCUUUCUUUAUUUUUUUUAUCUCGUUAUGUUAUUUUAAUUUAUACCACAUUGAACCGCGUAGCUGUAGGUACGGUUUUGUUUUUCAAUAUUCGUAAUAUUGUUUAUAAUCGGUUUUAGACGCACGAAUACCUACAUCUACAAUACUAUACAGCAAUGGCGUAUUUAGGGGACAGGGGAUUAAGGAAUUAUAUAAUAUAGGUAAUCGACCCCCCUUGAAAUUAAAAAACUAAAAAAAAUCUAUUAUUUAUACAUAAGACUUCUAUAUUUUUAUUCAACUAUGAAGCCUGAGGUUAGGUCUGAAAAAUGUUAAAAAAAAAAAGUCUUGAUACUAUAAUAUAUGCAGGUAUAAUUGAUAGGUAAAUACUUAAAUUUGUAAUAUUUAUCAAGAUAGACAAACAACUGAAUAUUUUAGUUUUAUAAUCUUUAAUACAAAUAUUUCGCACAAUUAAUGUAGAAACUUAUAUAGACGAUAUCUCACAGAAUAAAUUUUGUUUUUCAAUCUUUUUCAGAGAUAUUAAGCAUUUUUGUCCUUUUUAGAAAAUUUGAAAACUUGGACGUACGCCUUUUUUGUAUUUAGCGAGUCAGUUAGUUAAAUUAUAAAAAAAAAAAAAAAAACAUGAACUUAUUUAAUUACUACAUUUCCUUGUUUGAAACGAGACUGGUCGCGGACGCCACGCUAGAUUAAAACGCAAGCGAAUUAAGACAAUGCUUAAAUCAUGUAAAUUAAUACCUAAUAUUUACUAAUAUUAUUUAGAUCAGAUAAUAGGCGAUGGCAUUCGAUUUCAGUUUAAUUUUAGGGCAGUGUUCAAUUAAUUUAAUAGCUACUAAAUAGGUAUCUCCCUUUUCGGGAAAAUAUCCCAAAUAGUGAAUUUUACGACAUAUUAUUAUUAUUAUUGCGUAGUUCUAUAUAAUAUGAAUACUCUCCGAUAAAAUGGUACGGAAAUUAAUAAUAUCGAAAUCUGGCGGUGGGUGUGUGUUAUCAAUACCUAAUACAAAAUAAAUAAUAUCGUUUGAUCCCGCGAAAUCGUGUGAAUAUGAUUAUCAGACUCCGCUGUUUAAUCCGCCGUUACUACAUACGACAUAGUCUAUACUUUACACGAGAUUACGUCAUGUUUGCUGCGGGAGCAACAGUAAUAUUGUAAUAAUAAAAUAUUUACCGCGCGUGAUAAGUUUUCGACGCGUGUCCCCGAUAAACUCCUCCUAUUAUAAUAAUAUAAUCCAGUCGUGUGAUAUUAAAACGUUAAAUAACUUAUGGAUAACAAAAAAAUAUAGUACGUACCGAAUUUUAAACAAGUCACUUAAAAGGGGGCUGUAUAAAAUGCGAUAAAUCGAAUAUUUUUAGAUUUUGAGCGGAGCGAGGAAUUCGUAUAUUGCAAGUUUUUUUUAUUUAUUAUUCUUUUUUAUUUAUUUUUUUUUAUUUGUAAAUAACUUUUCUAUCAGAAGUGUAGGACUUGGAAAUUAGACGGGGGGAGUACUUUAGGGAGGUAAUUUUUUGAUUUUCCCAGAAGUUUUCAUAAUAAAUGAGAAAAAACGUAGGAAAAACUGGAAAAUGUGUAUUACUUUUAAAUCGUAAAUAUUAACAAACUUUUAAAACAUGUAUAACCGAGUUCCGCUCAGAAUCGUUUUUCGUUAUUAAUGAUUAAUCUGUACCUAAAGAUAGACAUUAAAUUUCUCCUCUAUAAUUUGCCUAACUUCUUAUCUAAAACAGUAGCCCACCUAUCGUAAAAAGUAUGUUCGUUUGUUUUUUGUAUUAAAAGUCUGCAUCAAAUUCAUAAAACGGUUUGAUAUUUUCUUUAAUUUAUAAUAUUUCACAUGUCGUGAUAAUAAUAUGUACCUACUUAUAUUAAAAAAAAUACAAUCAAUAGAAACCGUUAAAAAUUACUAUAAAGUGCAUUAACAAAGUGGUAAAAGAACGGAAAAAUAGUAAGUGUUAAAAAAAUAUAAAGAGAUAUAAAUAUAAAGUUUUGUUUUUAUUGUUAGAAAAUUUGAAUGUAUAUUGAGCAAGAUUAUUUAAUAUAUGAGUACUAUAGGUAUGGCUUAAAAUAAGAUUAAAAAGAAAAUGGAUGUACUAUAUGAAUUCACACAACUCUAUAAUAAAUUAUAACCGUCGAUAGGUGUCAGUGUUUUUUUUUUUUUAAAAAUAAUUUGUCAACAAUUUUCGUUGGAUAAAUUAUCAAAUAAAAAUUAUCGGCAUAAUUGUGUUGGAUUUUGAUCAAACCAUAUUUGUUUUUUUUUUCGUUAAAACCAGAACAAAAGAAAAAUGCUGCGUGAAUGUUCGAUUAAAACGCAUUGUGUUUCAUUUAUAUUAUUACUAUCAUUUCGAACGAGAACAAUAAUUUCGGUGUAAACAUUGGUUCACAUAAAUUAUGUUAAAACAAAGACUUGUAAACUAUAAAGUAUUACCGGAACCUUAGAAAGGACGUGAUAGCCAUAAGAAGUGGGCCACACUGAAAGAUUUUGACGGUGGAUAUAGAGAUAGUCGGGAGAUUCGGUUAUGAGACGGUAUGGUCCAGGGAAUUUUUUAAGGAGAUUUUCUAUGUGUCUAAAAUCCAAAUGUACACACAGUAAUAAAAUCUAUUGGAUAGUGAACGUCCAGUAAAGUAAGAUUUUGUUUACUGUGUUUCCGCUAGAAAAUAAAUUAACAGUAGUAAAUGAUUGAUUACAGAUGUUAUAACAAAAUAUUAUAUUUUUGUAGGAAAUUUGUAUGAUAACAUGUAUACGAACCAGGGAUUUAUAAAACCAAAUAAAAGUAUAACUGAAUAAAUAGCUUACAGGUAUACCUAUCGAUAACGUUUAAUUUUUCGGUUGCAAUCACGGAUCUCUUGCAUAUGGACCGCGCGCACGACGUGACUAAUAAUAAUUUCCGCUAACUGUACGCUAUGCACCUAGUCAUACGUAGAUAUACAGAGUGAGACAUUAAUCAUUUCGGAAAGUAUUAGCUUUUUUUGGAAUUUGUUUUUUAGAACAUUUAAAAUACAAUAAGCGGCUCUAAAAUAUUAUCUUCAUUACCGUUCUGUUUGGCACCCUUAUUUUUGGGAGUGAAACUAUCAUUAGUCCCGAUCGAUUUUCAAAAAGCAACUUAUAUUGAAAUACCAUCUUUAUAUGAAAUUUUUGUAUGAAUACAUGAUUUUAGUGUUUAGUGUAUCAUAAUUGAUGAAAACUAAAACUUCAUAUAUUUACGGAGCUUUUAAUACAGGUUGCUAUUUGAAAAUCAAAAAUUAGUAUAACAGUUUCACUCCCUUAAAUAAAGGUGUCAAAAGCGUAACAGUGUUGCAAAAUUUUUAGAGCUGCUUGUUUGUUAAAAUUAUAAUUUUUUAAUUUAUAGUUAGUUUUUAUCUUAUUUUAGACUAUUGUUAACUGUACGAUUAACUAUAAUUGUCUACUAUCUGUCUAAUUAUGUACUAUUGUUAACUGUACGAUUAAUAAGAUAGGCCUAAAUAUUUUAAAUAAAACGAAAGAAGUUAAUGCUCUCUGAGAUAGCGAGUGUUUUACGUCUAUCAUCCUGUGUACUACAGAUUGUUAAUUCACAGUAAUAUAAGUAUGACGUCAUUUAAGAAGUUACGAUUAUUAAAAAACAAAAAAAUUCCGUAUACCGGCAGGCGUAGGGUAUACUCUGUCAUAAUAUUAUCAUGUCCAAAGCAGUUAUAAUAUUAUGCAUUCGUUAUUAUUUUUUACGCACCAAUCCGAUGUUAUUGUUUUUUUUUUUUUUUUUUUUUUUUUUUUUAUAAAUGAUGCGGAGAGUAACCCACAUACUGUAUACUAAAUAACUAUUGCGAGUCGUAUGAAAACAAAAAAUAUGUAUAACAUUAUAUACUGCUAGCCCGUAUGCGGGUUAUAGAUAGGAAUAAGUAUAUUAGGAUAACGAUGAUAAUAUAAAAAAUAUUAUUUAAAUAUAUAUCAUAUUUUGUAGAACAUUGCAAAAACGUAGGUACAAAAUAAAUAUGUACCUAUACAUACUUAAAUGGAGAAAGUUGUUGACCGAAAAAAAUUACUAUCGUAUAGUAUCAUGUACGUUGUGUUUGGUAAUCGUUGAAUCGUUUACAUAUUAAAUAAUUUAUUAGUUCACUAUAUUAUUUCUAUAUGUUAAAAAUCUAUACGUGAUUAAAAGGAACAUGAAUAAGGGAAAAAUGCCGAGCUUCUUUACGUUUAUAGGGAAAACAAAUUGUUCGUCUACAUAAUAUUAUUCCUUUUUAUUAAAAGAAAAUCGUUUAUAUAGGUACUACUUACCUAAUUGUAAGUAGGUAGGUUCGGAAUAGGUAAAUUUUAUUUAUUUUUAAAUUUAAAUUUCAAUUAUAGAAUCAGGAAGACAAGUAUUGUUGAAAACGAUAGUUUCGACAAUAUUUAAAGCUUAUAUUUAACUACACAUACCGGGUGAUUCAUUUGAGCGGUUACACUCAUUAUCUCGGAAAGUAUUAACUUUUUUCGGAUUUUGUUUUCUAGAAUAUUUUAGAAACAAGCAGCUCUACAAUUUUAUAUUUAUGUUAUUUUUCGUCCCCUUAUUUUUGGGGUUAAAACCAUUACCUACUUUUGAUUUUCAAACGGCAACCUAUAUUAAAAAUUCCUUAAAUAGAUGGAUUAUUAGUUAAAAUAAAUUUUAGUGUUGACAUUUUUAAUUUCCGUCGAUCCGUUUACGAUAUAUUCAAGUUUUAAGUUCGGGUUGGAGGAGAGUAGUGGAGUAUCAUUUGUGUGGCAGUACGGCGUGCGGCGUGUUAAUAAUGCACCACUACUCUCCUCCAACCCAAACUUAAAAGUGGAAUAUCCGGUUAACGGUUUGACAGAAAUCAAAAAUGUCAACACCAAUAUUUAUUUUAACUAAUACUCCAUCUUUUUAUGGAAUUUUCAACAUAGGUUGCCUCUGGAAAAUCAAAAGUAAGUAAUGGUUUUACCCCCAAAAAUAAGGGUGACAAAAAAAUAACACAAAUAUAAUAUUGUUAAGCAGUUUGUUUCUUAAAUGUUCUAGAAAACAGAUUCCGAAAAAAGUUAAUACUUCCCGAGAUAAUGAGUGUACCCGUUUAAAUGAAUCACCUGGUACUUAUACAGAAACGGAGAUCGAGACGUCCGGGGCGUCAAUUGUCUAUUCGAAAAAUAUGACAUACAGGACCAUAAUAUUAUCCUAGUGUGUGUGAGAGUGAAGUUAAACAACAAUGUAUAUAAAAACUCUAUGUUACAUAGGUUAGGUACUGGCAUUGAUUAUAAAUCAAUAUUAAAUCAAUGGUACUGUAUAGAUAGUAUUACUCUAUGCGGUACUGGCUAUUUCUUUAGUUUUUCCGACAGUGUUGGCAAUAUAGGCGACCCGAGGCAGGGUACAUAUAUGUGUAGGAAAUGCUCUGUUCGUAUUUUACCUGUUUAAUAUAAUAUCUAUAUGUUAUUAUACCUACUUACGGUUAAUUUGUUCGCGGACAAUAUAAUUACCAGUAUAGUUUAUCUAUAAUUAUAGGUUCAUUAAAGAGAAAACAAAAUAAAAAUAAAUUACGCGCGCUAUACCCGAUCGUUAAGAUAAAAAAUAAUAAUUAUAGGUAGGUUAUCGGUACCUAGCCUAACAAUGUUCGCGAAUGACAAAUAAAACGAAGCAAAACCGAACGCGUUCUACAAUAAUAAUAUGAUGACGCCUUUUUAACAAACCCGUUCAUCAUGACUCGUUCGAUAACACUUAAACGCGUUCGUUUUCUUUCAACUCUAAAUAAAGUCAUAUAUCUACCUAGUACAAUUAAUGGUUUUAAAUUAUAAUAUUAAUACAAUAUUAUUAUUUGCACAAAUUGUUUAUGAGAAUCAACGCAUUUAAAAAAAAAAAAAAAAACAAGUAUAAGUACCUACUCCUCUAUACGUAUAAUCAAAUACUAUAGAUAUCCAUAGUAUUUAGAAGAAUUAUUUAAAUAAAAACAUAUUAUAUAUAUAUAUAUAUAUAUUAUAAAAAUGUAUUAAAUUAUAAGAUUCUAAUGGCAUUUUUUUCUUUCUUUAUCUAACUCUCUAAUUACAAAACAUAAUUAUACGAAUCGUGGAAAUUUAAUUCAACUGGUUUUCUCCAAACAGUCCGAAGUAUAAAGGUACACGAGAUCGGCUAGACCACGCUAUUUCGUAUGUAAUUCAGCUUUAAUUUCCAAUAAAUUGAUUUGAAAUAUAUAAUUUAAAAAAAUAACAAAACGGUAACCUGACCGAUCCCGUGUACUUCCCGUUGAAUUCUGUUUUCGGAAUAUUCUUAACGCUUCGCCGUCAUUGAUCAGACCGAUUGAAAGAAAAUAUUACCAUUCUAAAUAUUGCCGAGUAGGUUAGUUAAACAAAAAAAAUAAAUUACCGGUAUCUAAUCUAAUAUAAAAUUCGGUAUGCACCGUCCUUAUAACGAAACCUAAUAAUUAUAUACAAUUAGGUAAGUAGGUGUAAUAUGAGAAAAAAAUCAACUCGUCAAUUUUAAAUAUAUAAUAAUCAAUGAUCGUAAUUGAUUAAUGAUUACUUACCAUUGUAUAAACAAAUAUUUUAUGUAGGUAGGUUGUCUGAUAUAUUAAGGCAUGUAUAAUAAAUUAAUAACAUAAUAACCUGUGUAUAGUGUACACAUUAUGGUAUAUCGUCAGUGCUCGAAUUUGGGAUGGGGGGGGGGGGGGGCGUAGCUCCUUUACUUUUUUUUUUAGCGUCCCCUAAAUAGUUAUUUCUAUUGGGGCCGAGAGCCGGUACGUCUCUUUUUGCAAAGAAUAAUAUUUUCAAAAAAACGUAUAUUUCAAACUCGGAUGUAGGUACUCAAUGUUGUAAUUAUUUUAAAUCGGUAAUAUUAUCAGUAUUUAGUUAAUAUCGUUGUAGUUAUUUAUAUUUUAAAUUCGAAAUGUAGCAAGGGAUCUAUUGCAGGUUUUACUAUGAUGUAUAUAUAUUUUUUCUAUCUGUAAACAACUUUUCCACCAGAAAUCUUGCUCUGAUGUAUAGUAAUGAGUGUAGUAAUUUUUUUUUGAAAAGAAAUUGCGAAGGUUAAUUUUUAAUUUCCCCAGGGGCUUUUAAAAUUUUUUGGAAAACCGAAAAUAAUAAUUGUAGUUAAAACGUCAAAUAUUUAAAGCACGUCGCGACGUUACCGAUUUCAUUAUUUUUAAUUUUUGCAAACUAUAUUUUCUCCCAGAAAUAUUAUUCCAAAUGAAAAGUGACGAGAGAUCGAUUUAGCUCCUUUUAAUGUAUAGUCACUGACAGAGAAGUUAUUUUUUGAUUUCUAAAGUAAUUUUCGUAAUAAUUUGGGAAUAAUCAAAAAAUACGAUGUUUUUUGUUACGGUGCAACGAUUUUAUUAUUUAAAAUUGUUAAGAUUAUAUUUUUUUACCAGAAAUCUUUGUCUAAAUUUUAAGAAUAAUAUAUUUUCUGAAAUCAAAUAUUAUCUAGUUUAUGAGCAAUAAAUUCAUUGUUUCAUUUUCCAUAUAGUUUUCCUAAUAAUUUACGAAAAGCCGAAAAAAACAGAAAAUACGGUAAAGUGAACGGAAUUUUGAAUUUUUGUUGUUAUUCGGAUAAAAAUAUUAUUGCAGAUAAGAUCUGUAGUUUUUACAAAAUAUUUAUAUCGGCCUUUAGUAGACGUGGUGAAAAUGUUCAAAACAUUCUAGAUAUUUUUAGGUUUUUUUUAGAUAUUUGAUAUUUUGCGUUUUUAUAUAUUGUAUUUAUUAAUAUCUCUUAUUUGGUAGGUAUCUGUUGUUAAAAUUAAAUGACUUAAGAGAAAUGCUUGAAAAUUUAACUCAAAACACAUUAUAAGUUGUAUUCAAAAACAAACUUGAGUUUAAUGUAUGUUUUUUUUUUUCAUAAAUAUUUUAAGAUCAAAUUUUGACGAAAAUCAUACCUACACAUUACGGAAUUUCGAUAUAUGUCUUACCGAACUUCGCUCCGAAUCGUUUUUCAUUAAUAAUGGUUUAUCGUUACGUGCAGAUAUAAAUUAAAUUACUACAUAACAUCCCACUUUCCCACCUAAAACAGAGGCUGAACCCAUCUCCAGUAUCAGCUCUUUUUUGUGUUGCACAUUUGCCCUAUGUGAUAGUAAUGUCAUGCGAUAUCUAUCUAGGUAAAUUAAUUUAAUCAAAAAUCUAAACAUCAAAAUAGUUUUUUUUAUGAAAAUAAGAAACAAUUUUGUAAAAAUAAAUAAAAUAUGAAAAUAUAAAUUAGAAAUUCCUAUGUAAAACAUUAUUACUAAUGGCACAAUACACAUAAAAUAAAUAAAUAUGUAAGCCAAAACGUAGCCUGCAGGAGUUAGGAAUAGGAAUUUUUUCUUAAGUCACAUCACUGUCUCUCUAUUUUCAUUUUUCUAAUUUGAGCUUUGCGCAUCGUGUAUUUCAAAGAUAUGUUAUUUUUGAUACUUCUGUAUUUUCAUUUUCAGUUUUAUUUAUUAUUUCAAAUUACCUAAUGGUAUUAAAUUUGUCAAAUUAUGCAUUUUAUAUUUUUAUGUAUUUUAUAAAUCUAUAGGUUUUAACGGCAAAUAUUGGUAUUCUCCUUGACCUUUAUGGCGUAGAAAAAGGCCUUGAACACUACAGGAGCACGACAACGUUAAACUUUCAACAUUUCAAAUAUUAUUUAUUACGAGAAGUGGGUAUAGAUUUAUAAUAUUGUGUUUGUACAUUGAUUUGACUAUAAUAUGACAUUUUUAUCAGAAAUCUCUGCGCGUUUUAGGUUUUUCUGUCACUUCCGAAUAUUUUAUCGCUGCCGGUGCUUCAGGGAUUCGAGUCUAACAUAGACGAGGUGUGUUGGCUGAUUUGUAAAAAAGAUUAUAUUUCCAAGUGCCAGGUAUUGCCGGAAGAUUGCAUGUACAAACUAUUCCGGGUGUUUUGUUUUCUAUCCGAGCUUGUCGCGGAUCCGGAAAGGCCGAAUAGAUUCCAAGUAUAAUCUCGAAUUUAAAAAUAGAUAUAGAUUUAUUUUGUGAUAAUUAUUCAAGAAUAGUAGAAAAUAUAUGUAUAUAGGUUAUAAUGGAUACGUCCGAGGUGGGCUUGGUGGCUUCGCAAAUUGUUACGUCAUUGGGCGGUGACUGGGACCAAUCUGGUUUCGAAGAGCUCAUUGGCAACGCUAACGGUUUUCAGUUUGGAACAUUUUUGACUUUACUGGAGAAGCGAUAUUUAGCUGACGUCGAUCAAGCAGGCUUGGUGGAAGCAUUAAACGCAGUUACCAAUACGUUCAUUGAUGAUAUCAUAAAAAAAGUAAGAAACUAAAAUUGAUUUACUGGUCACUACCGACCUAUUUAAAUGAUGGAUAAAAAAAAUGGUUUAUAAUUUAGAGUAAGUAUCUGAGUACCUAUAGUUUUUUUUAGUAAUUUCAACUUAAAAAUACAAUAAUCAGUAGACAUGUAAACAAUUGAGAACAAAUCUAGUUUACGACCCAAGCUCGUUUUUCAAAUUUUUUUUUCAAAAUGUGUGUUUUUGUCAUUACAUGUACUUAAUGUACAAGUAAUGGAUUAGAUUCUUAAUGAAUCAAAACAAAAAAGUCGGACGAACUUUGUUUGGAAGUUAUGGGGGAAACUUCAUGAAGUUUGGGUUUUCCGUUUCGCGUUUUUUUAGUGAGAAUUUAACAUUUUCAAAUUUUUUUUUUCCCUAAAUGUAUGAUUUUUAAUGCUUAAUCUAAUGGUAUAAUCAAAACUUACCUAUUAUACUUACUUUUGAAUUUAUUGUAUUUAAACCUUGAAAAUAGAAUUUUGGAUGCAUCUAGAAACCUGGUGGGGUCACUAGGGUUUAAACGUAUGUAAAUUUAAAUCUAAGCCGAAAGACUUAUUUUGACUUCAAUAAAAAAACUUUGUUAUCAAAAUAUCAAUAACUACAAAUCAUAAUAAUAAUAACAACGUUCACAUUUUGGAUUAAUUCCAAAAAUGCUGUUUUAAGGUUUAAGUACAAUAACUAUAAAAAUAAGUAUGAUAAGUAAGUUUUGAUUACACCAAUGAACUAAGUAUUAAAUUCACACAUUUUGGAAAAAAAAAUGUAAUAAUGAGCUUGGGCCAUAAACUAAAUUUAUGUCAAAUAUUGUAUGAAUAUGGUAGGUGUUUUUUUCUUUUAAGGGAGUCGGAAAUUGUUUUCAGAAUUCUUAUCGCUUUAUUACAUUACUAAUUACUUAUUACUAAUUACAAGGCAAUUAUUAGUCUAAACUGUUAUGUAACAUAUGUGUUAGACAAAGAAAGAAAAUGUUAUUGGUAUCCGAUUUCUUUAAGUACCUACCAUAUAUGUUUACUUAUCUAAAUUAUGACACUUGUUGAACAUAGUGAUGGGCACAAUGUUUUUAUAAUGUACUAUAUUAUAAAAUCAAUGGCACAAUUAAACAGUUUUGACUAUUGCCUACAUUCGAUAGUUUAAGUAAAACUAUAAAAUACUAUUCUAAUGAAUAAUUACAUUACUGAUUACUUUUAAAACUAUUAAAACUAUUAAAACUAACUAUUAAAAAAGUAUUCAAAUGUUAAUGUAAUGUUAUCCUGUGCUCUACUAAAGGAGGAAGAAUAAUAUCAAAUUACAAAUUUAAACAGAGUUCAAUAAAUCAAUAGUACUAUUGAAUCAUUCGUUAACUUAUCAAAUAACUUGAUAGUUUCAAUCAGGCACGGAUCUAGGGUAAAGAUCUGGGGGAAGGCAAUCAUUUUUUUAAAACACUAAUACUAUUAUAAUAUACUAUAUUAUUAUACAUGUUUGUGAUUGGAUUCAACUAUAGUAAUAUCAGGAUCUAUAAAAUUAUUAAAAAUAAAUUGUGGAAAAAAUAUGUCUGAGGAGGGCCUGCUUCCCCCUCUCUCGGUUUCGAUUAAGUUGUGCCCAUCACUAAUGAACAUUUUCAGACGCAGAAACCAAUUAAAAUCAGUUUGAUUUACUGAUUUGAAUACAAUUUACUUACUGUUUAUUAUAAACUGCCAAAGUUUGUAAUAUCAAUAUAAGUAAACACCUAACUGUAUUUUGUCCGCUACUAGUGAUGGUACCUAGAAUCUAGACUGUCCAGUGAUGAAUGCAAUAUUUGAAGAAUAUUUGUUAUUCAAAUUAUUUAUAUAGCUUAAUAUUUAAUCAACAAAGUAUUUACAGCCAUAUGUAUUAAAAAGCAAAUAGAUUUCUAGCAGUAGUUAUAUGUAGGUAUAUUGUUAAUUUAGAUUUAUUUUUGGCAGGGAGUACUACUUAAACGUGGAUAUUUAUUGCCUACAUUACGGGAAUAUUGGUUUGUACUGAAACCUUGUCAGCUAUUAUAUUACAAGAACGAAGAAGAAAAAGAGCAAUGUGGGUCGAUAACUUUAGAUCGGAGAUGUUGGGUGGAUUCUAAUUUACAGCGUAUAAUGUUGCAUACAACUGAAAGAACUUUUGAAUUUGCCACUAAGGAUCACAGGUAAGCUAUAUAUUUAAUAUUUUUGAUUUGUAUGUAGGUAGGUACUUUAUUUGUUUCCAAUUGAUUAUGAUGACAUUUUGUGAACAUAAUAAAUAAAAAGUUUUAAAGAAAAAUUAUUUAUUUUAAAUGUUAUUUUAUUUUUGUAGUGUUAAGGUGAUCUACUAUUUUUUAAAUAGUAGGUUUUUUAUAUUCCACUUUUUUGAAUACAUAGAUCUAGUACUUAAUUACCUAAUUACUUAAUUAAUACCUGCUUAAGUAAAUUUAAAUGGAAAAAGUUAACCAUUAGUUUUAGUUGUUUACGAUUCACAUGAUUAAAUGUUAUAGAAGUAGAUUACAAUGGAUAUCAUCUUUAAAAUUGGCAAUAUCCUAUUCGGCGGGUACAGAAGGUUAUCAGCGUACGCUGUUGCGUGAAAGGCAACAACGAAAGAAAGCAGAACUUCAAGAAAAACAUAGAAGAAGCAGUAUAAUACACGAUAUGGAUGCCCAAUUACAGGCAGAGAAACAAGUAUGCAAAUUUUAAAGAUAUUUAUAAGAAUAUUCAAAAGGUUUUGACAUUUUAAUUUUUAGGCCAGGGUGGCUAUGGAAAUUCAGGCAAAAGAACUCAAAGUGGCUAGUGAAAAACACGUUGAAGAACUGGAAAAUCUACUUGAGGAAGAAACACAGGCAAAGCGCGAUGAAGAAAUAGUUCGUAACUUACAAGCCAGGUGAUAAUGAUAAUAACAAUACUUAAUAAUUAUUGCUAUUUAAUUAAUUUGUUUUUUGUACUAUUUGCAUUUAUAGAGUUUUAAGAGAAGAAUGGGAAAAAAGAGAAGAACUCGAACGAUUACAGGUAGAACAGCGGUUGCUACUGGAACAAGAGCGAGAGAAAAGAAAAGAAUUUGAGAUUAAACAACGGGAGAAAGAAAAUCAAUUGAUAGGUAAGAUAAAAAUUAUAAUUGGCAAUUAAAAAAUAUUUGUGUAUUGUUAAAUUAUAAUUUUAGAAGCGCAACAGAGGUUGAUUGAAUUAGAAGCUGAAAAACAACGACUUGACGACGAAUUAACAAGAGCUCAAAAAAAAAUUAGUGUUUCUGAAAAAGCAGUAACGUCACUUACCAUAGUAGAACCUGUAAUAUAUUAUAUUAUUAACAUAAUUAAAACCAGUUGUUAUUUUUGUAUUUAUUAUAUACACAAAAAAGAAAAGAAAAAAAGUUUAUUUGAACAGAUAAUUAUAAAAUGACAAUACAAUUUGUGUUUACAGGCCGAUUUGUUGAACAUAAAACCACAAGUUAAAAUCAGAAGGACAAUGUCAUUUAUACCGUCAACAAAAGAACGACCAAUCAAUUUUUACAAAUGAAAAGACUAACUUAUACUAAAUAUAAUAAUUAUAAUUAUUACUUAUAUUAAAUAAUACUAAUUAAUUUAUUAUAUAUUUUGUACAAUCAAAUUUAGAGAAUUUUAAAUUUAACUAUAAAAAUCAGUUUUUUUUUUAAAUGUUUGUUUAUUUAUGAAUUUAUAGUUUACACUUAGACAAUUACAUUUGUGUUUUACAUGUUGUUUUGUGAAAAUGUUACAAAAUAUGAAUACUUAUUUAUUUGAAUGUUGUAUCUCUAGGACGAUAUGGUAUGCCUCUGGCCUUCAUUUCCCUUAUAAAAUUUUGAGGUAAUCGACCAGCUACUGAUAUAGCAUAAAUUCCUUUUGUAAACCUGUCUGUAAAAGUAAUAUAGUGUAUAUAAGUAAGAUCUAAUGUUAUAUAAAUAUAUAAAAAAAAUAUUUACUGAUUUUCUGCCAUCUAGCAACCCAACUGUCUUCGGGGCUCAUUAGUGCAACCAUUCUGUUAAUAUUAAUACAUGAUAAGAAUAAAUUCAAUGUAAGUCUACAACUAUACAAACAUACCCAUCAAAAUUUGAACUAGUACAAUCAUAGACAUGAUCACGGUUAUUUUUCAUUCGUAAAAAUUCAUCACAGUUAUCACAACCAUCAAAUUCAAACUGAUCGAAGGUCUG